UAAAUGGAAAAAAUAAUACCAAAAAAUAAAUCCAAUAAAGAUAAGAGGGUAGUUAAUUGUAUUCAUUUGAAGGUUGUCUGUAUUCAUGUGAAUUUAGAUUGCGUUUGGUAAGGAUAGAUGCUUUUGGUGAUAUUUUUCAUGCGUUGAUGAAAAAGCUUUCAGGUAUUUAGGUUGGAUAUUGGAGGCUCUCGCCCAGCUACAUCUAGUGCUGCUUCUGCACCAUCUAGUAGACGCAGGCAGAAUCUUGGAGGGGAUAUACAAUUUGAUAGUUAUAAUCGAUUGAUAAUCGUCCCCCACGAGGAUGGGUUUUAGCCAUCCUUUCAGACUACACAUUUGGUUACGGAUUCUUUGAAGCCAUUUUAUCAUGAGCCAUGAACUUCUUAGAGAAAGAUACCGUACAUCAUCAGAGAGAAAAUGUGGAAUCAAUUUAGGACAAGGUGUACAUGACUUCCUCAGCAUUAAAACGCAAUAAAUAGUAUUUUCGAGAAAAAAGCUACUAUAAGGAUUAAAGAUACUAUGUGCGCUGCUCGGAAUUCCAAUAAAAUGCCGGACUAGUUAAGAGAAGAUGUUUGGGAUAAACUUCUUGAGAAAAGGAAUACCGCAGAAUAGAAGGCAAAUAGUGAACAAGCAAAGGCAAACCGUGCCUCUAAUAAAGGUGGAUCGUUGCACAUAGGAGGUUCGGUUACUUUUGCGGCCCAUAAACUAAGAAUGGAAAAGGAAAGAGGGCGAGAUAUGAGUCACGCUGAGGUCUUCGAGGAGUUGCAUAAGAAAAAGAAGAAGGAUGGUACAAGAGAACACUGGGUGGAGACGUGUGCGUCAGACACAUAUGAAGAUUAUCAUAAAAUGUUGGAAGAAUGGCAACAAACUCAGCCUCGUUCAACUCAACCAACACCUGAUGAUAUGGCUUCAUUGUUGACAGAGACAGCGGGUGGAGCAAACAAAGGCAGAGUCUACGGACUAGGAGUACGUCGACCUACAGGUCAUCCAAACCCACUCUUAGCCAAUUCUUCUUCUCCUCAAAAUCAAGAACAGAUGGAAGAUAUGAGAAACGAAAUUCGUGAAUUGAAGCAACAAUUGGACUACCAAUACGGAACAUUUGUUAAGAUACAGAAAUUCAUGAGUAAACAUGGACAUGAUUUAUCUGAUGAUGAGGAUGAACAAACUGAAUCUGAUGUGUAGUAGAUUAGUUGUGAUGUUUUGGUUGAUUGGUAAACUUGAUUGUGAGAGACAACUUUAUGUAUUGCUUUUAAACUUGAAUGUGGACUACUAUUUGGAUGUUUUUAUGCCCAAAAUUGUUAGGUUUAAAGGUUGGUAUUGUUGGUUUAAGUUGUGUUAAUGGUUGGCAUUGUAGGUUUAGAUUUUGUUAAUGUAUUGUUAAUUUAGAUUGUGUUAAUGUAUUGUUGGGUCGUAUUAUUGUAUUAAUGUA